AUGCGUGCGUAUGCGGGUGCGUUCUUGCUUAUGCAGAUUGUAUUCUACGAGUCAGUUCGGCCUAAAGCCUGCAAUCAAGUGACAAAGAAGUAUAUGGGAGGCGAACCAAAGGAAGCUGCCUCGAUUUCAAAGAACUAUGGUGAUGAUCUGUACCUACAACGCACGUACACUUGCAUACGAGUCAUCGAUAGAAGACUUCCUCAAGCAAGCAAGAGGGAUAAAGUACGAUGUCAUCGGCCUGGCCGAGACGAGAAGACGCCAGCCUUUCAACCCGUCUAUGACACCGGAGAAGAACUGUUCCUCGGAAGAUGCGACAGUGAAGGAGUCGGUGGAGUCGGCGUUCUCAUCAACAUGAGUUUGUCCAUGAACAUCGAUUCAUUCGAACAACUUACAACCCGAAUCGGACGUUUACGAUUAAAAAGACGUGGAUCAAUUCCGGCUUUGAGAAUCAUCGUCGUUUACGCGCCGACAUCAAACUAUGACGAAGAAGAAGUCGAGCCGUUCUAUAUGGACUUGCAGAAGUUCUACAGAGAAGACCACACAUUCUUAAAGGUCGUCAUUGGAGAUUUCAACGCCAAGAUUGGACCAAGAAGAACGUUUGAAGAACGUAACACUGGAACUCACGGAUUAGAAUGGAACGAACAGGGUGAGCAGCUAUCUGAGUUAAUCAUGCUGACCAAGGCCAUCCAUGGUAAGUUGAAAUUCCAGAAGCUCCACCCUCAACGCUGGACGUGA